GAUCCUGCCUUCUUCACGCUCGGCUCCAGAGGGACGGCGCGACUUAAGAAGCGCUGCCACUCGGGAGUUAAAGGCCAACGGUGCCCCCCCACACCCCGGGCUCUACCCAGCCUGGCCCGACCUGGUCUGGCUCUUCCUCCGCCUCCUCCUCCCUCCCUCCGGUCCCAGCGUCUCUCCGUGAGCGGUUGGUGCUGCUGUCAGGCCGGCGCGCGCGCGCGCUCGCUCGCUCCACAUCUCAUCCCCCCCCACCCACCCUGCCGGCACGCGACGAAACCACAAGACGCAAAGCCGAAGCGCGCUCGCGCCUCCUUUAGCCCCGGAGACUCAUCUUCGCCGCCGCCUCCUCCUCCUCCUGCCCCUUGAGUAACAUCGAGACGCGAAACAGCCUUGCGCCCCAGCGGAGUUGCCCACGCAAAGACAACGGCGGAGAUAUGAAGAUCAAAGAUGCCAAAAAACCAUCUUUUCCAUGGUUUGGAAUGGAUAUUGGUGGAACGCUAGUGAAACUUGCAUAUUUUGAACCUAUAGAUAUUACUGCAGAAGAAGAGCAGGAAGAGGUUGAAAGUCUGAAGAGUAUUCGCAAAUAUUUAACAUCAAAUGUGGCCUAUGGGUCCACUGGUAUUCGAGAUGUCCACCUUGAACUUAAAGACUUGAUACUCUUUGGACGAAAGGGAAAUUUGCACUUUAUCAGAUUCCCAACACAUGACUUGCCUACUUUUAUUCAAAUGGGAAGAAAUAAAAACUUUUCCACGCUACAUACGGUGCUUUGUGCCACUGGCGGCGGUGCUUAUAAAUUUGAAGAAGAUUUUCGCACAAUUGGAGACCUCCAGCUGCACAAAUUGGAUGAACUUGAUUGUCUCGUCAAAGGCUUGUUAUAUAUAGAUUCUGUCAGUUUUAAUGGCCAGGCAGAAUGCUACUAUUUUGAAAAUGCAUCAGAACCUGAAAGAUGCCAAAAGAUGCCUUUUAACCUAGAUGAUCCAUACCCUUUGCUGGUUGUAAACAUUGGCUCAGGAGUCAGUAUUCUAGCAGUUCAUUCCAAAGACAACUACAAGAGAGUGACUGGAACAAGUCUAGGUGGUGGGACCUUUCUUGGUUUGUGCAGUUUACUGACCGGAUGUGAAAGUUUUGAAGAAGCUCUAGAAAUGGCAUCCAAAGGCGACAGCACACAAGCUGACAAGCUAGUCCGGGAUAUUUAUGGGGGAGACUAUGAACGAUUUGGCUUGCCAGGAUGGGCAGUGGCAUCUAGCUUUGGGAAUAUGAUCUGCAAAGAGAAACGGGAGUCUGUCAGCAAAGAAGACCUGGCUAGAGCAACCUUGGUUACUAUCACCAAUAACAUUGGAUCUAUAGCACGAAUGUGUGCUGUAAAUGAGAAAAUAAACCGAGUUGUCUUUGUUGGUAACUUUCUACGUGUGAAUACUUUAUCAAUGAAGCUUUUGGCAUAUGCACUGGAUUACUGGUCCAAAGGCCAGUUGAAAGCUUUGUUCCUUGAACAUGAGGGGUACUUUGGAGCAGUUGGUGCCCUUCUUGGAUUGCCAAAUUUCAGCUGAAGCUCAAAGCCACCACAAUACUGAAUGGUUCUCUAACUUUCUGGCAUUAUUACAUAUUGUUUUUAUAUCAACUGGAAGAGCAGAAGGGCUGCCAUCUUUCUAUAAAUGUCUUUAACUGGAGGAUAAAACUAUCUCAUUGUUGACAUCUGGGUGCUCCUAUAAAGAAGCACUUAGAAGAGGAUUUGAUACGGCAUUCUCUAAUCCAUUUCAUCAACAUUCUCCAACUUGGUGCCCCUUCGAAUUUCUCAGCUGGUAUAGUGGUUAAUUAUGCUGGUUGCAAUACACAAAUAAGGGGCAUCGAGCUGGGGAAUGUCAUAAUAGACAUUUAAUACUCAGCAUGUGUAUUAAACUCAAAAGACAUAAUCUUAACUCUCUAGACCCUUCAAUACUAACCCGGUUUUGCUUCAAAACUAUCCUUAAGCAAUUGGGUUGCAUGUAAUUACACAAGGUUUGACAUGGUCUUGUGCUCAAGAGUUCAUUUAGAUAUCCAGUCAACUCUAAAACUGAUUGUAGCCAUGAACGAAGAAAGGAUCUUUGAUGCAAAGUAUUGUGUUUCAAUGCAAGUAAGUUACAGCAUGUUGAAAUACUUAUUCAGGCAUCAGUGUUAAGUUUCCAAACAUUAAACGUAAAAACAUCA